CCAUGGUAACCUGCUCAGCAACAGGUCCCGCCCACUUCCUGCGCCUUUCCCGGUAGGGGUGGGACCUGACUUCAUGCGUGUGUACACACACACACACACACACACACACACACACAGGCGAUGCGCACGCGGAUGCACAUGUGCACACACACUCAUAUGCGUAUCUGGGCAUGCUACACAUGCACGGGCAAUGCAUGCACGGAUGCACAUGCAUGUAAAGGCGUGCAUGCUCCCCCACAUGCACAUGUGCGCAGGCAUGCACAUGCGUGGUCCUGUGUGCAUCCAGGCACGCACACUCAUACACAUGUGUGUGCACACAGGCACCCUCCCCUAGUGCUGAGUGCACAGGGCUGUGGCCCACGGCGCACACGUGUGUGCACGUGGGGCUCCUGCCACUGCCACGGGGCUGGGCCCUGCUCUGGCCCGGGGAGGCUGCAGGGGCUGGGACGGCAGCCCCCUACCCUAAACCCCACCCGGCCCCUUCACCCCACAGCGUCCCCGCGCCCCCAGCGAUGCUGCCGUGGAACUGCUGGGCUGUCCUGCUGCCCGCCCUGCUGUGCGCGCCCUGCCACGGGCUCUUCGGGUGGCUGCGUGGCCCCCCGGCCAGCCCCACGCCGGCCCCCCGCCCUGCGGCCCCCUUCGAGAUGGGCGCGGGCGACGAGCGCUUCCUGGCCGAGGCCCGGCUCCUGGACCUGUCUGCGCUGGACGCGUGCCACCACCAGGUCGUGGCCCGGCUCCGCUCGUCCUGCGCCGACAUGGCCGAGGAGGAGGUGGCCAAGCUGGGGGUGUCGCUCUUCAACUGCCAGGCCAGCGCCGAGGGGCGCCGCACCUACCCCUGCACCGCCGGCAUGAGCCUCGCGGCGUGCACGGCGGGCAUGGACCCCGACACCUGGAACGCCUACCACAUCGUCAGCAACCGGGCCCGAGCCGUCUGCUACGCCACCCGCCAGCUGCAGUUCAGGCGCCGGACGGAGCAGACGGUCAACGCGCUGGUCUCCACGGCCGCCGGCCAGCUGGAGGCCAUGAGGAUGCUCAAGGACGGGCAGGAGGAGCUGAAGGAGCUGACGGAGGAGUCCCUGCAGCGGGUGGUCCGUGGCCAGCACGAGCUGCUGGUGGAGCAGGAGAGACUGCAGGGCGGCCAGGAGCAGAUGGCAUCCUCCCUCCGCGGCAACCUGGAGCAGCUAGCCCAGGAGGAAGCCCUGAUCGCCAGCGGGCAGCAGCAGGUGGCUCAGCUCAUCGAGGGCAUCACCAGGAAGAUGGAGAACAUGAGCAUCCACCUGGGCGAGCAGGACGUGGAGCUGCAGGAGGGGCACCGGGCCAUCCUGGCCGACCUCGGCCGCGUGCAGAGCCGCACCCAGCAGGUCUACGCCAAAAUCGAGUCUGACCUGGCGCUGAUCCAGUCCUACCAGAGCCAGACAGGCCUGUACUACGAGGAGCUGAUGGGCAAGCUGCAGCGGGUGAAUCGGAGCCUGGGGCAGGUGCUGGGCGCCGUGGAGCACUUGCAGAGCAGCGUGGAGAGCCGGCUGCAGCACGUCCAGAGCGUCAUCGCCUGGACAGGGGUGAGCCUGGGGGCCAUCUCCACCUGCACGCUGCAUGCCGCCUACUUCCUGCUGGCCGCCCUGCUCCUGGCCUUCCUGCAGACGCCGGGACUGCCCCGUGCCGCCCUCCUGGUGCUGGUGGCGGCCAAUGCACUCUCCGAGCUGCAGCGCGCUGCCUCCCUGGGCUUCCCGGCACUCACUGCCCUCCUGGUGCUCGUCAUCAUGGGGCACUGGCUGCUGACCAGUGUGUGCCAUGGGGCCUGGAGGGUGCAGGGCCAGAAGCCCAGGCUCACCCUGCUGCCCACUCCCCAGAGAGCCGUGGGGGCCAGGGCUGAUCCCAGCAGCCGCAGGACCUCCACCCCGGACAGCUCUGUGUCUCCUGUGGGACCGAAGGGAGAGCUGCCGGCUGCCGAGGGGGCACCGGGGUGUGCCCAGCUCCGUGACCUGGCUUCCUCCCCCGGCAGGGAGUGUGAGACCAGCCUCCUGAAAGAGGAGCUCCACCAGCUGGAGGACAUGAGCUACCUGCCAGAUGGUCCCUACCUGGAGCCGGACUCCCUGAGGCUGUCCCCAUCCUCUACAGCCCCGGGGCCCGGGCUGGGCCAUGCCACGAGCCUGCGUCGCAUCAGCUUUGCCCGCAGCACCUGGCACGAGGUGCUGGAGAGGCGGGCCACGCCGGACAAGCGCCAUCCAGGCCUCAGCCCUGCCUCUCUGCUACGGUGUUACAGCCCCAACCAGACCUUGGCCAGUGACAUGUCCACCUCCUUGCUGUCUCCACGGAGCCUGUGCCAGGGUGUCACCAGGGCCGGGCAGCCGUGCAGGAAGAAGGCUGUCCUGGGGCAGAACUUCUGCCACGUCCACGCCUAGGGGCAUGUGUCCCACGCCAGCUGCGCUGCAGCCUCCCAGCUCGCUGCCCCGAGACCCAGGGUGCCAGGUCAGCGUGACCUAUGGAGACUCUUCUUUUAAACACUGCCUCUGGUUUUAAUGCGCACGUUUGCAGUGUGACAAGCGUGACUUGGGUGCGUGCCCCAGGUCCCUUUGGGCUCCCUCUUUUUGGGGAAGGCUCUUUUAAAAUUGUUCCUGGCCUGAACGUUGCAGCUGUGAGCCGUGGGUCAGGCUCAAAACUGGGGCUGGUCCGUUCUCACGCUGAUUUGGGAGAAACUGCUUUCUGCUCGCCCGCCCGCACUUGUGCUUGUGGGAAGGUCAUACUGGGCUCUUCUUGCCCAUCCCCGGGUGCCAGCCGUGACGCCAGGCCUGCAGGCUUGGGGCUUUGGCACGCUGCAGCAGUGCUGGCAGGGCUGGGGUCAGGAUCGGUGCCUAGGAUAAGCCGCUGCCAGGCCCUGAGGUUUUAGAGGAAACCCACUUUUUGCACACGUUUAAUAAAUGCCGUUGAGUUA